AUGAAGCUAUCCCUCACUUCAUUGGCUAUUAUGGCAACUAUUGUCUCUGGAUCUGUCGCAAAAAGCAGCACCUGCGACAGUGAUCAGAUCGUUAUCUGCAGGGGUAAUGGCAAUGGUGGUCUUUUGUCCUUGGGCAAUAUUGCCCCGGGUCUUCUUGGUGACAAUUGCUCUGGUGGCGAUGUGUAUUGUUGCUCCGAAGAUGACGUCGAACAGAUUGGUUUGAUUAACCUUGACCUGAAUGCGCAGUGCACUCUCAAUCGGGUCCUUUAA